UUUGCAGUGAACAGGACCGUCAGGCCUCCACAAUGUGGGCCCCUGCCUCCGGACCCUGCCCUCCUCCCCACCUGCUGCUGGCUCUGCUGUGGGGACUCACAGGUGUGGCCGGUGAGGCAAGGCUGCAGGUGAUCCAGCCUGACAAGUCAGUGUCUGUCGCAGCUGGACAGACAGCCACUCUGCGCUGUACCGUGACCUCCCUGCUCCCCACAGGGCCGGUUCAGUGGUUCAGGGGGACAGGGCCAGGUCGGGAGUCAAUCUUCAGUUUCAAAGGAGGACACUUCCCCCGAGUAACAAAUGCUUCAGACUUCACAAGGAGAAACAACACGGACUUUUCCAUCCGCAUCAGUAACAUCACCCCAGCAGACACCGGAACCUACUACUGUGUGAAGUUCCAGAAAGGGACCCCUGAUGUGGAGUUUAAGUCUGGACCAGGCACCCAGGUCACUGUGAGUGCCAAACCCUCUCCCCCCGUGGUGUCGGGCCCCACAGUCAGGGCCUCACCGGAGCAGACAGUGAACUUCACCUGCAAGUCCCACGGCUUCUCCCCCAGAAACAUCACCCUGAGAUGGUUCAGAAACGGGAAUGAACUGGCAGCCUCCCAGACCAGCGUGGACCCAGAAGGAAACAGAAUGUCCUACAGCAUCUCCAGCACAACCAGACUGGUGCUGGCCCUGGGGGACGUUCGCUCCCAGGUCAUCUGCGAGGUGACCCACGUGACCUUACAAGGGGGCCCUCCUCUUCGUGGGACUGCCAACCUGUCUGAGGUCCUCCUAGUUCCGCCCACCGUGGAGGUUUCCCAGCAGCCCCUGUUAGGGGAUCAGGUGAAGGUCACUUGCCAAGUGAAGAAGUUCUACCCCCAGCGCCUCCAGCUGACCUGGUUGGAGAAUGGCAACGUGUCCCGAACAGAAACGGCCUCAAGGCCCUCGAACCUUGUAGAGAACACGGAUGGGACCUUUAACUGGACGAGCUGGCUCCUGGUGAACUCAUCCGCCCACAGGGAAGACGUGGUGUUCACCUGCCUGGUGCAGCAUGACGGGCAGCCCGCGGUCACCAGAAACCAUACCCUUGUGGCUUCAGCCCACCAGAAGGACCAGAAAACCCAUAAAACCCAGGAGUCAAAGCCAUCUACUCCAAUCCUGAUGGCUGUCACCCUGGGCCCGAAGCUGCUGCUGCUCAUCACUGUCUCUGCCAUCUAUGUCCACAAGAAGCGAGGGCCUGAUUUUCUGCCUUCAGAUGCUACAUCCAGUGGCCAGAUGGUAAAUGUGAAUCAGUCUACUCAGGGAAAGGAAAAGAAGCCUGAUUUGUAGUGCUCGUGGACUUCCGUGGUGUCAACACUCCCAAUGUUACCAAUGGCAAGCUAACAGUGUUUCACAACUUGCUUAUAAAAUUCUUGAGAAGCUCUGAGGAGUGAGUGUAAGCCUCCUCCCAAAACCACUGAGCUCCACCCAGAAUCCGCACAAUGCUCACCCCAAGGCUGCUCCCUGGUCCUGGCCACCAGCACUCCUUCCUGGACCAUUCUUCAUCUCUUACAGGCUCUCCAGUUUCAGCUACAGUGAUUCCAUGGCAAUGGAAGUCAAACUGUGUCUUUCCUCUGCUUCUUCCUGCUAAAGAUCUGUAUGACACUCUCUUCCUCUUUUAAGCUCUGUUUACAGGUCACCUUAUUAAAAAGUCCCUUCCAUAAACCACCCUGUAUGAAAUAGCAAUUCCUUUCUCUCACUCCGUAUUCCCACAGCUCAUAACCUAAUU